UCUUAACACCAGCGCUGUUUCAUUCAGUUGAGUCGAGUAGGUUACACGAGAAUGAUACUGGACGGAACGGUUGGAGUGGCAACAAGUGCCGAUUUCCGUAAAUAACGUUCCCAUACUGACGAGAGGAUUUCCAGGAGGAUGCAAGCUCUGAUCAGCGCCUCUCCAUCUUAUCCCUGCUGCAGGACUCUUCAGACACUGAUCUCACAAUUAAUAUGUCUCUCCUGUCAACUUAUAAUACAGUCUUUUGGAAUGUGAUUUAUCCAGUGGAUAGCUGCUCUGUCAAAUCACUCUCAUGAAUAAGACUCUGCCAUUUCGAAUCAGGUGUAACUAAUGGAAUGGAAAGCACAAACCAAUCCCACAGAAGGUGAAGCUGAUUUUACAAAUGAAUUGCCAGUGAUUCCAUCAAUUGUGUUUUUUGUGAUGGCUUCUUAAUAAGGCAGAAAAAAUAAGCCACAUUUUGUUGGAUAUGCAUUUCCUUAUGGGGACUCCUUUGCCAAGGAAUUUGCUUGUCUUAGCAUUCUACACCCUCACCCAAGGCUUGCUUUUUACAAUGCUCUUCACAAGCUCGUUCGCUUCCACCUGCCCAAAAGGCUGCCACUGUUUGGAGCGCGGUGGACUGACAGUGGUGCAGUGCGCCUCGCGGAAUUUGGAGAGCAUCCCCCAGGAUCUCCCCCACGACACCGUCGCCCUCUUGCUCUCCUCCAACCACAUCCGCAAGAUCCCCAACCAAGCCUUCAAGGACCUGCCGCGUCUCCAGGAGCUGGACCUGUCGCGGAACCGCAUCGAGACGGUGGACGCCGACGCAUUCCAGGGCGUGGCGGACAGCCUGCGCAUGCUGGACCUCUCCAACAACCUCAUCCAGAGCGUGCCCAAGGAGGCCUUCGCCCGGCUACACGCUCGCAUCCGGCUGUCCAACAACCCGUGGCACUGCGAGUGCACACUGCAGGAGGUGCUACGCGAGCUCCAGCUGGACCCUGAGACGGUCAACGAGGUCAGCUGCCACACCUCCGUGUUGGAGGAGCACGCUGGCAAGCCGGUCAUCCAGGUGCUCGACUCUGGCAUCAACUUCUGCAACUUUCACCACAAGACCACAGAUGUGGCCAUGUUCGUCACCAUGUUCGGAUGGUUCACCAUGGUCAUCGCCUACGUCAUCUACUACGUCCGGCACAACCAGGAGGAUGCUCGGAGACACCUCGAGUACCUGAAAUCUCUGCCCAGUAGCUCACAGAUAAGCAAAGAUUUUGACACAAUCAGCACAGUGUUAUAGCACCUGUGUUUUCUGCUCUUCUUCCUCUGGACUUAAUAUAUUUGGAUUGUUGACUUUUCUAACAUAAUUUCUGGCACAGUUUAUCACACAACUGCAAGCCUUAAAAUCAGUAAGGGAAAUUAACAUUUUCUUUGACUACACCUUCAGUAAACACACACAUUCUCUCGUCUUUGUCCCUGCAAAUUAUAUUCGUCACACACUAGGACUGCCCUUUGUGUGAAAUAUUAAAUUAUGUAGGCCUGAACAGACUCAAUGCAGCAUUUAUGGAAUUUAAAAUGAAAGUCCAAGAGAGGGAUUAUCGAUGCUUUCAUACGGAGCCCCGGAUAUGUCAUGGGGAAAAAAAAAAAUAAGUUGUGGCCACAAAAUAGCAAAUCGUUCCCACAAAGUACUAAUUUGUGGCCACGAAAUAUUAAUUAGUUCCCACGAAAUAGUAAUUCGUUCCCACGAAAUAGGUAAUUUGUGGCCACGAAAUUAUUAGCUGCAGCCCUGCACAGACAUCAGGAGGACACUUUUCAAGUAGAGCUCAGUAGCCUACUGAGCAUAAAGCCUGUGUGGCACGAAGGUGUCUCGUUUAACCUGGCUAGAUCCUCUCGCUAACUUAUUACUGCAGACCUGAUCCGGGCCCAGUUCUGUUCAGAUGUUCACCUUAAAACCGACUAAAAAAGUGUCUUUCAUUGCCGCUGAUCAUCUUAUUUGAAACUAGCAUCAUGUGUCAGAAGCUCAGCUGAGGGAAUACAUAAGCUGCAAUAGCCUAAUAUUUAAUGAUGCUACCUACCGACGCCGUUUUUUGCAGUCUAGAUUCUAUUAACAGUAGCCCACUGUAUCACGUUGCCAAGGGAACCUUUAGCCUUGAUCAAAACCGUUUUAACUAAAUCUGAUGUUUGUUAAGUCUAUAAAACUAAUUAUUAACCGUGAUCCUUUCCAGAGCCUUGCAGUUGGUCAACAAUGAAAUCUAUCCCGGCGUCCAAGUCGUACCUACGCCGGUGCAGCGACCUGGCUCUUAAUAGUCUGUGGAGAUGCCUCUCGCUAAUAAUGAAUCCCUCCAAUGCCAGGCUUUUCAAAAUGUCUUUGUAUUUCAUUCCCAGCCUAAAAUAACACUCUACCAUUCUAUCCCUGUCCAUUGUGUGACAGCGACUGUUCCUGUUUGAGGAGUUGCGCUUGAUUUGCUCAUCCAGCUGUCCAGUGCACAGCCUAUAGGCCUACCUAUUUCGUGGCCACAAAUUACUAUUUCGUGGGAACGAAUUAAU